AUGGUUCCGAAACGUGCAAUAUCCUUGCUCAAGGCUUUGGCAGUAGUGGGAUUCUUAUACAAAUUUGCAUCGGUUCUGACGAGCUCAUUAGGUUCCCAUAACACCACACCCAGUCCAGAACCAGAAAAAGCAUCUCUAUUCCGGACCCAAUUCACACAGUUACAUCGCGACUUUGUGAAUUUGAAGCCCAAGUGCAAUCCCUUGGAUAAGUAUCUCGAGGAUUCACAGGAUUACCACCAGUAUUUCGGUUAUGAUGACUACAAAGUCAGAUUGGAUGACGAGAUCUUAGCCGGGCUGCUAGAUAUUUCCAAGGCCCAGGAGAAAGAGCUGACCAAAGCCAACAAGGCUCUGAUCUCGUACCUGGCCAAAGGAUCAAAAUUUUUAUCAUCUUUCAAGAGUUCGCUAGAAGAAUCCAAGUUGAUUCGCGAGACCAACGGAAUAGUGUAUGUUUCUGACGAGAGGCUGUUCUGGCUCACAUUCGCCAGUAUCAAGUACCAGAGAGAUAUCAACCAGGAUUUGACUUCGAUCGAAAUAUUUACACCUCUCAAGUCGAGUAUUUGCUCUGAAUUGGCUUCUGGGUUUGAAAACGUUCAUUGUUCGUCUUUCGACCAGUUUCUACCUAUAGACAUCAUGACAACCUUUGAGGAGGGUUACCAGUACAAGUCGCUGGCUUUGUUGCUUUCUCCAUUCGAGAACACGCUGUAUCUGGAUUCCGAUAACUUUUUGCUGAGACCUGCAGAUGAGUUGUUCACAAAUGAGAAAUAUGUAUCUACCGGUUUGGUAAUUUGGCCAGACUUCUGGAAAAGGUCGACCAAUCCGCUUUAUUUUAAGAUGAUCAGCAAAUAUCAUCUCAUGCAAUUGCUUCACCUCGGCACAAUGCCAGCGGUUGAAUCUGGCCAGAUGCUUGUCAACAAACAAAAACAUUUACGAACGCUGAUUCUUGCAUACUACUACAAUGUUCACGGACCUGACUACUUCUACCCACUCUUCUCGCAAGGAUUUCCAGGAGAAGGCGACAAAGAGACCUUUUUGCUUGCCUCCAUUGCUCUAGACGAGCCAUAUCACUUCAUAGUGACAAAGACACAAAUCAGUGGAUACAACGAAAUAAUAGACGAUGUCUUUUAUGGCCAGGCCAUUUUGCAGCCCGAUCCGAGCAAGAGCAACUCGUUUGUGUUCCUCCAUUGCAACUACCCCAAACUGAAGGUCUGGGAACUAGACGAAAAGUAUACUAACUAUUUAACCAAACCAACAGAACAACAUAGGUCCUUCCAAGUUGUUAGGAAUGCCAAAAAGGAUGGUGAUACCGACUUUAUCAAGGCAGUGGGCCGCGAUGUGGAGCUCGAGAUUUGGACCGUGCUAGGGGGCUUACUGGAGCAAUUUUCGAAGCAUUGGGAGAAAAUAGGUGGUAGUAGCUUCGAGGUAUCACAGGAGAAAAUCAAGGCUCGUUUGGAGUUCCUGAAAUCGCAUAAGGAGCCUGGUGUGGCUCUGUAA